UCGAUUGCAAGUCUGUGCCAUCUUUUCCGGUCCGAGUUCUUUUCCGGUUUCGUUUUCCAAGCAACAAGAGAUAUCGAACAAUGGGCCGUUACUCCCGUGAGUCUGACAACGUUGCCAAGUCCUGCAAGGCGCGCGGGCCCAAUCUACGUGUGCAUUUCAAGAACACACAUGAGACCGCCCAGGCCAUCAAGCGCAUGCCCCUGCGCCGUGCCCAGCGCUACCUGAAGGCCGUCAUUGACCAGAAGGAGUGCGUGCCCUUCCGCCGCUUCAACGGUGGAGUUGGCCGCUGCGCUCAGGCCAAGCAGUGGAAGACCACCCAGGGACGCUGGCCCAAGAAGUCCGCCGAGUUCCUUCUGCAGCUGCUGCGCAACGCAGAGGCCAACGCUGACUGCAAGGGUCUGGACGCCGACCGUCUGGUUGUCCACCACAUCCAGGUUAACCGCGCCCAGUGCCUGCGUCGCCGCACGUACCGCGCUCACGGUCGCAUCAACCCCUACAUGUCGUCGCCAUGCCACGUCGAGGUGAUCCUCACCGAGAAGGAGGAGGUCGUCUCCAAGGCCACCGAUGACGAGCCCACAAAGAAGAAGCUGUCCAAGAAGAAGCUGCAGCGCCAGAAGGAGAAGAUGUUGCGUUCUGAAUAAAAUGUGUUCUGGGCGAGAGCCGCCCAAAGCCGGUGUAACCUAUUUGAAUGAA